GCGGCGCUAUGUGCCAAGUCUCUGGAAUUAGGUUCCUCUUCCUAAGAAAACGUUUAGCAUCAGAAAACUCUGGUUGUUUUCACACAUUUGCAGUUUUGAUUUUUAUGUUUUUUAUUGCUUUUAGAUUUGGUGAAAAUGCAGUUGGAGUGGAACUGUUGAAGCGGUUCUCAAGUAACAGAGAAAGUUAGGCCAACUGUCAGUUUCCAUGAUUCACUUACAAUGGAAGCAAAAUCUGUUAGAUUCUUGGUCACCAUCUGAAACCCAACUCCACCUGCCUCCCUUCAAUCAUUCUUCUUCCUUUCCACUCCUCUUCUGCUUCUCAAUCCCAUAUUUACAGUUCUAGUUCAUGGUCUCCAGCUAUACUGUGAUCAUCAAUCAUGGCUUUCAUAGUUUUGAGCUAUGGUUCUGAGGAUAGGCUUAUGGUCUAGUUACUAUCUCUAGUAAAUUUCAUCACCAAAGAAACUGCUUAAAGGGUUUUCAUGAAAUUUGACACUUGAACAGCCAACCAUCCUCCUCUAAAGAGCCCAAAACCUGUUUGGUUUUGGUUCUCUGUGAAGUGUGAAAUAUGAAUACACGUUACUAUUUCCCACCAGAUUCCUUGUUUGGCUCCGGAAUUCCAUUUUCAUUUCCAUCAAUUUCUUCCACUGGAGGUGGGCAUGUAGCCAUUGGAGGUCGAAAUAGAUCAGCAAGAAUCCCUCCCUCAUCGUUCUUGAUGAGGACUGCAAUGAGGAUCUCAAGAGCAAGUUGGUUUAAUUUUUUGAGAAGGGUCUUCCAGUACCAGAAUGGGUCAAGGUCUGAUAUUGGAUCAAAUCCUUUCAAUUCUAGGUCUUGGAUCACCUUGGAGUUCAUAGCCUUGGCUGUUCAGAUAACUGUCAUAUCUCUCACUCUCGCGACUUCCAGGGAUGAGAAGCCAUUGUGGUCUCUAAGCAUAUGGAUUGUUGGGUAUGACAUUGGGUGCCUUCUUACUCUGCCCCUACUGUACUGGCGCUAUCAGCAUCGUUUUGUGAUCCAAGGAAACUCUGAUUUUGAACAGCAGAGAAGCAAUGAAGAAUCCAGAUCACAUUUGAUGAACAAAUCCAGGACUUUCCUUGAACUGUUCUUUGCAAUUUGGUUCGUGAUGGGUAAUGUUUGGGUCUUUGAUUCUCGCUCUGGAUCCUUCAAUCAAGCUCCGAAGCUUCAUGUGCUCUGCAUAAUGCUGCUUGCUUGGAAUGCUGUCAGCUACUCUUUUCCCUUCCUACUGUUUCUGUUGCUUUGUUGCUUUGUGCCAUUGAUCAGCAAGCUCCUUGGUUACAACAUGGGCAUGGGUUCAGCUGAUCGAGGGGCAUCUGAUGAUCAGAUCUCCCAGCUACCCAGCUGGAAAUUUAAACAAGUUGAUAGCUGUUCAAAGCCCGGUGAUGGUGCUGAGUGCAUUUCAGACCCUGGAAAUGAAAUUCCAGAAUGCUGUAUUUGCCUGGCCAAAUACAAAGAUGAAGAAGAGAUUAGACAGUUGCCAUGUAACCAUAUUUUUCACCAAAAGUGUGUGGAUCAGUGGCUCAGGAUUAUAUCUGGUUGUCCUCUCUGUAAACAAGAUCUGAAGAGGUGAUAGAUAAUAAGAGGAGAGCUGAAGAAAGGAAGGAAAGCUUUCAUUUGAUUGUUUAAUAAUCAUGUACCUACCUAAUUAUUUUGAGUGUGUACAGUUUGGGUUUGUUUGGAUCCCAAAGGGAAAAUCAAGAUAUCCCUUAAAGGAGAACAAGAUGCAGUAUAUAUCAACACAAUAUGAUAAAAGUACAGAUCGGGAUGCAGCUUGAAAACAUGUUUGUUUAAAUGUCUCAAAGAGGGAAGGAGGAAGAUUAGAC